AUGCUCCGCGCUGUUUUGGGCGCACCCCAGAGGCUGCUCGGGGACGAGAGGGCAUCCCGGCGGCUGGUGCUGGUGGUGGUGUUUGUGGCCCUGUUGUUGGACAACAUGCUUCUCACUGUGGUGGUGCCCAUCGUGCCCACCUUCCUGUAUGCCGUGGAGUUCCAAGGGGUCAACUCUUCCUCCCCGCCCCCCAGCCGGGCUCUCUCCACUCCCGCCAUUUCCACCAUCUUCUCUUUCUUCGACAACUCCACCGUGGCUCUUGGAGGGAGCAUACCUGGGACUGUGGUGUGGACAGAUGGCACUUCUGUCGCCAGCCCGGCUCCCAUCCCUGUAUCCUUCUCGGCUCACAACAGCAGCUGUUGGCAAGGCACAGAAUUCCUGGAAGAAGAAAAUGUUCGAGUUGGGAUUCUGUUUGCAUCGAAGGCGCUGAUGCAACUUUUGAUCAACCCAUUCGUGGGUCCACUCACCAACAGGAUUGGAUAUCACAUUCCCAUGUUUGCUGGCUUCGUGAUCAUGUUUCUCUCCACAGUUAUGUUUGCGUUCUCUGGCACCUACGCCUUGCUGUUGGUGGCCCGGACCCUUCAAGGCAUUGGAUCUUCAUUUUCGUCUGUUGCAGGACUUGGUAUGCUGGCCAGUGUUUACACUGAUGACCACGAGAGAGGACAAGUCAUGGGGAUUGCCCUGGGUGGCCUGGCUUUGGGAGUGCUAGCGGGGGCUCCCUUUGGAAGUGUGAUGUAUGAGUUCGUUGGGAAGUCAGCUCCCUUCCUCGUGCUGGCCCUGCUGGCGCUUCUGAAUGGAGCCCUUCAGCUAUGCAUCCUGCAUCCUUCCAGAGUCUCCCCCGAGAAUGCCAAGGGGACUCCGCUCCUCACGCUUCUCCGAGACCCUUACAUCCUAGUAGCCGCGGGUUCCAUCUGCUUUGCCAACAUGGGCGUGGCCAUGCUGGAGCCCACAUUGCCCAUCUGGAUGAUGCAGACCAUGUGUUCCCCUGAGUGGCAGCUGGGUCUGGCUUUCCUGCCUGCCAGCGUGUCCUACCUCAUUGGCACCAACCUCUUUGGUGUGUUGGCCAACAAGAUGGGUCGGUGGCUGUGCUCCUUGAUUGGGAUGGUGGUAGUAGGAGUCAGUUUGCUCUGUGUUCCUCUGGCUCUAAAUAUUUUCGGUCUCAUUGGCCCCAACGCAGGGCUUGGCUUUGCCAUCGGCAUGGUGGACUCGUCUCUGAUGCCCAUCAUGGGCCAGCUGGUAGACCUACGCCACAGCCCGGCAUAUGGGAGUGUGUACGCCAUCGCCGACGUGGCGUUUUGCUUGGGCUUUGCCGUCGGCCCGUCCACUGGGGGCGCCAUCGUGCGGGCCAUAGGUUUCCCUUGGCUCAUGAUCCUGAUUGGGGUCAUCAACAUCGCCUACGCCCCGCUCUGCUGCUGCCUGCGGAGCCCCCCAGCCAGGGAGGAGAAGCUGGCCAUCCUGGACCAGGGCUGCCCUAUGGACACGCACAUGUGGACCACCCAGAGACCCCAGAACGCACUUCCUCUGGGGGAGGAGGACAGCGACGAGUAG